UUGUGGAAGACUGGAAGACCCCAAGCACCAAGACUGCUUAAUUUGUCAGCUUUUGUUUUGUGUUUUUGUGUGUAUAUAUUUAACACAAAAAGAACCAGGUUGUUCAUAUCUCAAGCCUUUGCUCUUCUACCAAAAAUAAAUAAAUAAAUAAUGAGUGGCCUGAGAAUAGGUGAAGAUGGGGAGAUUUAUGUCAUUGCAAAGUGCAAAGGGAACAUGCAAAGGCCAUAUUAUGUAAAAGAAUGGAGUGAUGGCGCUGGAGGACAGGUGAAACAAAUAUGUAUUUGGCAUGGUGACUUAAUUUAUGGUAUUCUAGUAUCAUAUGAGAGAAAUGGUAAAUUUUGCCUUUCAUCAAGACAUGGUGGCACUGAAGGAGACUUUGAGCAGAUACUUUUGGAUGAGCCGAUCACUUGUGUGAGUGGGUAUUAUGGAUCAUGGUGCUUGGAACCUGACAUUUUUGAAAGUGAAGAGGAAGCACCGUAUAACUAUACUACAGUGAUCAGAUCACUUAAAUUUGAAACUGGUCGAGCCACAUAUGGACCAUUUGGGCAUGAAACCGGCUUGCCGUUUAGAUUCAAGAUGGACACCGGGUGCGCCGGAUUCCAUGGCCGGUCAUCUUCCGACGACGAUCAUGGUUUCCUUCAAGCUAUUGGUGUCUAUGUUAGAAGUUUUGCCUCCAAACCAAAUUCUGAUGGUUGUUCUCCAUCAAUUUCAUCGGCUCCUUCAGUGUUUGAUCCAAAUGAAAAUGAUGAACAAUGAUUUAUGUUCUUGUUGUUUAUGUGUGUUUGUAUUUGUCAUUAUGAAACAAGUGAUUAAAUGUAUUAUGUAACAAGUGAUCUUUUUAUAAGAAUUAUGGGCGUUUAUAUUUUA